CUGCACUGAGUGGGCAGCAGCACGAAACUUCCACCGUGGCUAUACCAAUUAAGGGACCCGUGCUGCAUUCAGCUGCGCAGUUAACGGUGAGCGACCAGCCACUGGGAUGAGCAUCAGUCUCAUUCUAGUCCGGGCCGGUCCGUUCAGGAGUCUCCACCGAUAAGCCGGCUGCGCUGGUCAGGACCUUGUUCCGAGGUUACCUGAUGGACUAUUUUUUAGGCGACACCACACAUCACUGACACGACCACCUGCUAAUGGGGACUUCAAUGCUGACUGAGUAGUUCGGCAAUAUCUAGGGUGUAGCCAGCGUGAUAUCGCACUGGGAAGAAGAUAGGAUGAGGGGGGUGGUCAGUCCGGUCGAUGACGACUCCCGCCUGUUGCCUGGCGAGGAUGGGUUUUAAAACGGCCUCAUACCACCCAUUCCGUCUGCCCAUCGAUGCUCAGUGAAUGCCCUUCCUUGGACUCGGCUCUACAAUCAUGACUUCUUAUCCUCCUUCCCGCUGCUGCAUGGUAGGGCACCUGCACGAGGGCGAAGCCAAGGGGAAGAUCCGAGAUAUUGCCCACAUUUCAGCAUAUCUCUCCUAUCCAUCCGACCGGUCCACAGAGAAUGCCAUCCUCUUCCUCACCGAUGCCAUGGGUCACCGGUUCAUCAACGCCCAAUUAAUGGCCGACCAGUUUGCCGCCAAUGGCUAUCUCGUUGUCAUGCCGGAACUCUUCCAUGGUGACCCCAUUCCCAUCAACUACGGGACCGACUUUAAUAUCUGGGGUUGGUACAAAAACCAUCUGCCCCCUCGGGUGGAUCCCAUUGUGGAGGCCGUCCUGGGGGAGAUGCACACCACACUUGGCUGCAAGCGAAUUGGAGGUGUUGGGUAUUGCUUUGGGGGCAAGUACGUAUGCCGCUAUCUCAAGGCUGGAAAGCUAGACGCGGGUUUCAUCGCCCACCCGACCAUGGUGGAGGCAAACGAGGUGGAAGGAAUUGAGGGACCAUUGAGUAUAGCAGCAGCCAUUAUCGAUCCCGUCUUCACCACUGCCAAGCGCCACGAGAGCGAAGAGAUAUUAGAACGACUUGACAUACCCUUUCAGAUCAACUUAUUUUCCGAUGUGGAACACGGCUUUGCGGUUCGCUGCGAUUUGUCAAAGCCCCGGCAGAAAUUCGCCAAAGAGAAGGCAUUUGAGCAGGCAGUGGCGUGGUUUGAUGAGUACGUCAAGGCGCGAGGAGUAUGACACAAGGGAACAUGGGCAUCGCUUUCAUUGGGUGGCUACCAGUAUCCGGAUUAUGGUCGAAUGGUGUUUCCCUUUGCUCCCUAGGUAAAUUGAAAGUCGAAAAGCAUACUCCGAAAUGACCACCCAAC